UUUUUUUUUAAAAAAAGGAGAAAGAAAACGAACUCUCCACCAAAAUAAUUGAAAACCAUUGCACUGCCUGUUGUUUAUUUUGCUUUCACUCUCGAAAAGAGAAAAAAGACCAGACAUUAACAUCAUCAACCAACACAAGGGACUUCCUUCCUUUAGAUCUCUCUCCCCACUAAAACCUCACAUUUCAUGUCUGCAGCUAUCAUCGUUACAUGAAUCUCUCUAAAAAUGAGGUAAAUCAUCAAUGAAUGCGAUCAUUCUUUGAUUUACUCAAAAACCCAGUUUUGUUUUUAUUUGCCAAGAUCUGACCUUUCACCAAAAAUAUACCUUAAAGUUUCAAACUUUUCACCUCUUAAUAACAACCCUCAAAGCUUUAGAAAUGGAUCUACUCACAUUCUCUCAAAACCCUUUUGAUCCAUGACCAAAAUCUAGCGGAAAUACUAGCCUUUCUUUGUAAAUCUACUUAUUUACAAAACAUACCCUUCAAUGGCCGUGCUGUGGUAGCGAAUUUGUUAGGAUUUUGUGUUGCGUGGCUUAAAGUUUCUUUUUAUAAUGUUGAGGCAAAUCUUAAGUAAGCUCCCGAAAAAAUCUUCAAAAACUGACUCAGCUGAGUCUACUCGGCUUGAAUCGCCAUUAACUCAGCAGAGAUCCAAUGGCUCAACUGCAGGUUUGGGGAAAUCAUCCAGUGGCCCGAAAAGAACUUCUUCUGUUGUGUUUCCAGCUAGUGUGGUUGCUGGGAUUGAGCCACUUGUGCCCUUCAAAGAUGUGCCUAAUGCAGAGAAGAUGAAUCUCUUUGUGAGCAAAGUAAGCCUUUGCUGUGUAACUUUUGAUUUCAGCGACCCAAGUAAGAACACGCUUGAAAGGGAUGUGAAGAGGCAAGCUUUACUUGAACUAGUUGAUUUUGUGGCUUCUGGGUCUAUGAGAUUUAGUGAACCUGCCAUUUUAGCUAUGUGUAGAAUGUGUGCUGUUAAUUUGUUUAGGGUGUUUCCGCCGUAUUAUAGGUCCAAUUUGAGUAGUGUUGGCGAGAAUGAUGAUAACGAUGACCCAAUGUUCGAUCCUGCAUGGCCACACUUGCAAAUUGUGUAUGAUUUGUUGCUUAGAUUUAUCAAUUCUACUUGCUUAGAUGCUAAAGUGGCAAAGAAGUACAUAGACCAUUCGUUUAUAUUGAGACUGCUUGAUUUGUUUGACACGGAGGAUCCGAGAGAAAGGGAUUGUUUAAAGACUAUAUUGCAUAGGUCUUAUGGGAAGUUCAUGGUGCACAGGCCUUUUAUUCGAAAGUCUCUGAGCAAUAUAUUUUAUCGGUUUGUGUUUGAGACCGAGAAGCAUAAUGGGAUUGCGGAGUUGUUGGAGAUUUUUGGGAGUAUAAUUAGCGGGUUUGCCUUGCCCUUGAAAGAGGAGCACAAGAUUUUCUUGUGGAGGGUCUUGAUUCCUCUGCAUAAGCCGAAGUCUGUGGGGGUUUACUUUCAGCAGUUGUCGUAUUGCGUGUUACAAUUUAUUGAGAAGGAACCCAGGUUGGCCAGUGUGGUAAUAAAGGGGAUACUGAAAUACUGGCCAAUAACUAAUAGCCAGAAGGAGGUAAUGUUCCUGGGCGAGUUGGAAGAGAUUCUGGAAGCAAUUAGCAUGGUGGAGUUCCAGAAGGUCAUGGUUCCAUUGUUCUGGCGGAUUGGAUGCUGCAUUAAUAGUUUCCACUUCCAGGUGGCUGAAAGAGCCCUCUUCUUAUGGAACAAUGACCAAAUCAUCAACUUGAUUGCUCACAACAGGCUUGUGAUUCUGCCCAUCAUAUUUCCAGCGUUAGAGAAGAAUGCUCAUAACCACUGGAACCCAGGAGUGCUCAAUUUAACUCUAAACAUCAGAAAAAUGUUCUCAGAGAUGGAUGACGCAUUGUACUUGGCCUGCCUUGAUCAAUUGAAGGAGGAUGAAGAAAAGCUAAGCUUAUUGGCUGAGCAGCGGAAGGAAGCAUGGCAGCGGCUGGAGUAUGCAGCCAGUCUCAAGCCAAUGACCGGAAACACAGCCGUUUUGGUUACUCCUCUGGCAACCUCAAUGGCCUGUUAAGUGCCAUAUUUAGACACGUGUUAGUUAUCCUGGGCUACUGUUCUUUUCGUUUCCUCCAUUGAUGGUGGUGUGCUUGGAAAGCCACGAAAAGAAAAUGUAAUGGAAGUUGUUGUUCUAGUAGUUUGGGUUGUAGGAUUCUUUUUUGGAUAGUCCUGUGACAGCCAGUUAUUGUAACUUGUGUUGAUCCUGUAUUCUCUCUUUCUACUGUAUGGAAUAUUAGUCAUUGCUUCCUUGGUAAAGGUUAUGAAGGAAUGACCAUGCAGUGGUUUAUACAA